AUGUCUCAUCGAUACCGGCAGUGUCAGCCCUAUUUGCAAAAGUGUAGGGCUGUUUUUGUAUUUCAUUUUAAAAGAAAUAAUGAGCGACUUUGAUGCUUUGUGGGUGGAUGUUCUGAAAAUAUUUCCGGUUUUAAGUGGAGGUAGCGCGGCUUUCAGUAAGCCCGUCGAGGAAAAGGUGUUUGAAAAUGUUCGCCGGCACCUCAAUAUCUUGGGCAGUAUAGACACCUUUGCGGCCAUAAUUGAUCUAGAGGUCCAGUCGGCCAUUCGAAAUGGUCUGGUUCCAAGGUUCUGGAAGAACUUUCACUCCGGCUUAGUUCCGUCCGAGCUGCAAGGCGGGAUAAACGACCAGGCCUUGGCCAUAGAAGCACUGCCCGACAAAAACCGCUUGUUUACCCAGUUCAUAGAUGCCAUUAACGAGCUGCACAACGGAUUCCAAAGACUUAUGCAGGUUAAGCCCAUGUUGAUAAAACUUAUUGGGAGAGAGGGAAAACCAGCUCCGAAUUCGGUAAAAGUAAUGCAGGAAGAUGGGAUCAAGAGCUGCCUAAGGGACUCCUUGCUGGCCCAACUUCCGCCCACAUUCAGUGUGGUCGUGGGCGCCUUCUACUGGGUGCAUUUCAAACUCUUUACCAAAGCUUCACAAAUCGGAUUGGCCCCAGUUGACUCUGAUGUUUUUGAUGAACUUCUAUGCGUCGGCUGUAAUUUCGAUGUGGAGCAGUGCUGUUGUCAAAGACUCACGGAAAUGGUCAAUAAGACAAACAUGAAGAUGUUCGAGAUGAACCUUAUCGAUCGCCUAACUGGUAGUGCUCUAACUGCCCUUAUCAAACUCAAAAUCAAGGAGCAUAUUAACGACACUUGCAUGGGAAUAUUUGAUAGAAGUCAUUUAAAACAGCUAGAAACUUGGCUGUCGGAUGUUAUUAUGUCCUGGCUUACAAAUAUAUUCACGGAAUGGAAGUCUAAAGAUAGUAUUAACGGGCAGGAAGUUCCAGAUUCUGUAAAAUCAUUUAAAGUAAAACUGACUUACUUUAUGUACGAAACUUUUGCGCAAAGCGUUAUUGGUCAAUUCUUUAGCAUUAUAAUAGACUAUCCAGACUCCAUACCUGCAAUAGAUGACCUAAAAAUUUGUAUGGAGAAAAUUGAUAUGCGGGCGUACCUCACUGAAUCUCUUAGAAACUCUCUAGAAGCCCGGAUCUUGCAUCCUGGAGUUAACACCAUGGACAUAUUAACCGGGUACGUGGCGGCGAUAAAAGCUAUUCGCCAUCUUGAUAACACAGGAGUGAUCUUGGAGAUGGUUACGGCCCCAAUCAAGGAUUAUCUGCGCAAACGUAACGAUACCGUGCGACGUGUUGUAACUGGGCUGACUGAAGAGGGACCAACUGAUUUGUCCGAGGAGCUCGCCAAGGGUGAGUCGAUAAAAGAAGGCAAGGACUCCGGUACGGAUGAGUUCAGCAACUGGGAGAAUUGGGUGCCGGACCCCUUUGGAAUAGACGCUACUAUUAUGCAGUACAAUAGCUCAAGGAAGAUGAGAUCAGCUGAUAUAAUAUCAAUGGUGGUUGAUAUAUACGGCAGUAAGGAGCUGUUUAUGACGGAGUACCGCAAUCUAAUGGCAGAUCGACUACUGGCUCAGCUGGAUUUCAAUUCAGAAAAGGAAAUUCGAAAUCUGGAGCUUUUGAAGAUCCGCUUCGGAGAAUCUCUCCUUCACAGCUGUGAGGUGAUGUUGAAAGACGUCACGGACUCCAAACGAAUUAAUGCACACAUUCACAGCGAUAGUAACCGCACUGAAAAUCAACUAUUCGACAUCUCCUCGCUGAUAGUAUCGGCACAGUUUUGGCCUUCCUUUAACAAAGAGAGUCUUCAGUUGCCGGAAGAGAUCGAGAAUGAGUUCAAAAAAUAUACAAAGGCCUAUGAGGCGUACAAGGGAAACCGAACUUUGAACUGGCGAACGGUGACUGGCCGUGUAAACAUCGAAAUUGAGAUUGGGGAUCGUACCAUGGAAAUGGUUGUUAGUCCCACAUUGGCGGUCAUAAUAUACCAUUUUCAAAACAAGAGCGAAUGGACUAUUGAGGACCUGAGCUCUAUUACAAAGGUUCCACCAUCUGCCCUACGACGUCGGCUGAGUUUUUGGCAAAAUCACGGGUUGAUCUCGGAAACAACGCCAGGAAUAUUUAGUCUUUUAGAGAAGGAGUCGGAGAAGUCUCAGUUUGAAGACAUGAGUUUGGCAGAAGCCGACGAAGAGGAUUUGGAAUCUGCAAUGGCUUCAGCCAGUGAUCAAAGGGAAGAAGAACUUCAAGUUUUCUGGUCCUAUAUUGUUGGCAUGCUCACGAACCUAGACUCCAUGCCAAUAGAUCGCAUCCAUCAGAUGCUUAAGUUGUUUGCUUCUCACAGCGGAGGAGUCGAGUUUACUCAGGAUGAGCUAAAACACUUCUUACAGCGAAAAGUCAGGGAGCACAAGCUUAUAUUCUCGGGUGGAGUUUACCAAUUAGCGAAAUAAAUUUUGGGAGAUUAUCAAAAUUAAAUUGAAAGCGACUGAUAAAAUAAUUGAACAAAAUGUGCAUAAAAGAGAUAACGUUUUUAAAAUUUACUGUUCCAUGAUGAACAAUAAUUUUUUCCAACCAUCGUCUUAUCUAAUUCUAUUCAUGGCUUAUCUGUUUUCACCGUACACUGCAAAGCCUUUACCAAAAAACUUGUUUUCCGUAAAUGAUUUGAAGAUUCUAAACAAAAAGCAUGCAAAACACAAUAAACCAGAAGGUACGUCUAAUGCUUAAUUUAUUUAAAGUUAUGUUUAUAAUAUGCUAAUCCUGUUAUUAACAAAUUCAAACAUCUAAAUGUUUUAAAACUAA